AUGGCCAACCGAGCCGCCAAAUCCCCUGCGCGCCAGCCAAACACAAAGGCCAUCACCAAACCCACUGACUUUGCCUCGGAGGGCGUCGAGAACUACGAUGUCUCGACCCUCAAGUCGAGCGAUUGGCUGAUCUGCGGUGCCCUGUCUGUUGUCGCCCUCUUCGUCCGCUUGUUCCGUAUCUACCAGCCCACCAGUGUCGUCUUUGACGAAGUUCACUUCGGUGGUUUCGCUUCCAAGUACAUCAAGGGCAAGUUCUUCAUGGACGUCCAUCCCCCAUUGGCCAAGCUUCUUAUCACACUCGCUGGCUGGCUGGCCGGCUUCGAUGGCGAGUUCGACUUCAAAGAUAUCGGCAAGGACUACGUCGAGCCCGGAGUUCCAUACGUUGCCAUGCGCCUUCUUCCUGCCCUGAUGGGCGUCCUUACAAUCCCCAUCAUGUUCAUGACCCUCAAGGCUUCAGGAUGCAAGACCACCACAGCUACAAUGGGUGCCGGCUUGAUUCUGUUCGAGAACGGUCUUGUCACCCAGUCUAGACUCAUUCUGCUCGACUCUCCUUUGGUCAUCUUUACUGCUUUGACCAUUUUCGCCUGGACCUCUUUCACCAAUCAGCACGAACAGGGCCCUUCCAAGGCUUUCACCCCUACUUGGUGGUUCUGGUUGGCUUUCAGUGGUCUCGCUCUUGGUGCCACCGCCAGUGUCAAGUGGGUUGGACUCUUCACCAUUGCAUGGAUCGGCUGUCUUACCCUCGUUCAACUCUGGGUUCUUCUCGGCGACACCAAGACGGUCACUCCUCGUCUUUGGUUCAAACAUUUCUUCGCCCGUUUCUUCUGCCUGGUCGUCAUUCCUGUUUCCUUCUACAUGAGCAUGUUUGCCAUCCACUUCCUUUGCCUGGUUAACCCCGGCGACGGUGACGGUUUCAUGUCUUCCGAAUUCCAGUCCACCCUCAACAGCAAGGGUAUGCAGGAUGUGCCAGCUGAUGUCGCUUUCGGCAGUCGUGUCUCCAUCCGUCACCACAACACCCAAGGAGGCUACCUUCACUCGCACAGCCACAUGUACCCCACUGGCAGCAAGCAACAGCAGAUCACCCUCUACCCCCACAAGGACGAGAACAACAUUUGGCUUCUUGAGAACCAGACCCAGCCCAUUGACCUCGAGGGCAACGAGAUCAAGACUCCCCUCGCCUGGGACAACAUUGAGCCUACUUUGAUUGAAGAUGGCGCAGUCAUCAAGCUCUACCACGUAAUUACCGACCGUCGUGUCCACUCCCACGAUCACCGCCCCCCAGUCACUGAUGCCGACUGGCAAAACGAGGUUUCCGCAUAUGGUUACGAAGGAUUCGAGGGUGAUGCCAAUGAUCUGUUCAAGGUUGAGAUUGUCAAGCACUUGUCCGACGGUGAGGUUGCCAAGGAGCGUCUUCGUACUAUUGAGACCAAGUUCAAGCUCGUUCACAUCAUGACUGGCUGUGUUUUGUUCUCGCACAAGGUCAAGCUUCCCGAUUGGGGCUUCGAGCAACAAGAAGUGACUUGCGCCAAGGGCGGUACUUUGCCCAACAGUAUCUGGUAUGUCGAGAGCAACGACCACCCUCAGCUCAAGGAGGAUGCCGAGAAGGUCAACUACCGCAACCCUGGAUUCUUUGGCAAGUUCUGGGAGCUUCAGAAGGUCAUGUGGACCACCAACGCUGGACUUGUUGAGUCUCACGCUUGGGACUCGCGACCUCAGUCAUGGCCAAUCCUUCGCCGCGGUAUCAACUUCUGGGGCAGAGACCACCGUCAAAUCUACCUCAUUGGCAACCCUCUUAUCUGGUGGACUUCGACUGUCUCUGUUGUUGUGUACCUUGCCUUCAAAGCACUGGCUGUCUUGAGAUGGCAGCGUGGUUACAAUGACUACAACAACGUGCCCUUCAAGAGAUUCGACUACGAGGUCGGCACUAGCGUCCUUGGCUGGGCUCUGCACUGGCUUCCUUUCUUCCUCAUGCAGAGACAGCUUUUCUUGCACCACUACUUCCCCGCUCUCUACUUCGCCAUUAUCGCCCUCUGUCAGACUUACGACUUCAUUACUGCUCGCGUUCCUGCCUUUGGUCUCCGUUCGCGCCCCGCUAUCGGAACUGCCGGUGCAGCCAUCUUCUUGGCCCUCAGCAUCAGUAUCUUCUACAUGUACUCGCCCGUCGCAUACGGAAACGGCUGGACCAAGACAGACUGCGCCAAGGCCAAGCUGUUCGAGACCUGGGAUUGGGACUGCAACACUUUCUAUGACAGCUACUCCGAGUACAAGACUUACGAAAGAUCAAUCUCUGCCUCCGAGCCAACAGGAGCAGCAGCUUCUCCAGCUGUCCAGUUCUCUCAGGAGGAGGUUCCCGAGGCUCUCGUGACCGACCGCAUGUUGAGCGGCGAAGAGAAGAUUGAAUACCGCGACGAGGCUGGCAACAUCCUCAACGAAGAGCAAGUCAAGGAGCUCGAGGGCAAGGUUUCGUUCUCGACACGCUACGAGACACGUACUAGAUUGGUGGAUGCCAACGGUAACGAGGUCUACGAUGGUGUGGCAAACGCAGAAGAGGAGAGCUACGCAGGAACAAUUGCAGAGGGCAGCAACCAGGAGACUGGUGGAGUUGAGCAGGAAGCUGCUAACGAGCAGCCUGCCAGCGUCAAUGUCAACGAGGAUAUUGAGAAGGAGAAGAGCAUCGAAUCAAGCAUGGCAUCGGCAGAGCCAGAGAGUGACGCCGGUGCUGCUACAGAAAAGGACGAGCUGUGA